CCAGACUAGCACGUAGAGGGGCAGAGAAAGACAUGACUGCUCUGAAGACACCCAGGAAACGAAAUAGUUGCAUGUAUUUCUCCACCACCACCUCCUUCUCGGUUUCAUUUGACUCCUUCCUGCCUGGUCAAGCAAAAAACUGGGGAUAAGAAGGCGAAGCCGAGGCUCACAGACCUUCCCUCAGAAUCUGAGACCCGUCCUAUCCUCGCUUGAAGCCAUCCUAGAAAAAGGUUGCUAUUGGUCUUUUGUCCCCACAUUGCUAGCCAAGAAGGUCCUGGACUCCUGACGUUCCCGCCACCAUGGAAGCAGCAAGGGGCUCUCUCAGGCAAAUUCGCUGCAGUAUACUCUUUGGUUUCUUUUUUCUUUUUGCCAUGGGUGUACUUGUAGAUGGAGACGAGUUUCUUGCCAAAUCACAAAAUGGGACAUCAUCUGCUGGCUCAGUUGCCCCAUCUGCAGAAAAGUCCACAUUGGAAGAAGCCACCACACCAGCUUCUGCCGUGAGAUCUGCUUCAACAUCAAAAACACAUUUCAUUAAUACUUCUGCCCCUGUGAUUGCUUCUGAAGUGCCACAGUCAACGACUACUGAGAAGAAUAAACUAUCCAGCACUGAGUCUCCAAAGUUGUCUUCACCACAGCCCUCUAAGAUUGCACCUGUAGUCACAGUGACUGGGAAAAAGACACUACCCCCCAUUUUGCCUGCCACUUCCAUAAAGAAUACUACAGAUGCAACCGUAUAUGUAAACACCACCAGCAUUUCAAAUACCCACACCCCAGCUGUCCAGGGUACUACCGGAGUGGAUGGAAAUGUCACAGACCGUGCUGAAACUCCUAAAGGUAUCCCUGUACACAAAAUAGCCCACACUCCAUCUCCUACCACUGGUGUGUCACUUACGGUGACAACCGUAAGUGAAGCAACAUCUGCUGCUACAGGACCAAAAAGCACACCAGAACAGACUAAACGGAGAAAAGAGACAACACCAGGACAAAGGGAUACCAUUGACCAUGAUCCUGGCUCCUCAGUCUCAACCAGGUUGACUACCGGAAUGACAGCAACAAUACCUGUUUCAACAGCGACCCCAAGGAAGUCAGAGAAGAUCCCCACUGUAGCAAUUGUUCUAAUAAUCCUUGCUGCCCUCAUUGUAGUGGCUUUCGUGAUCAUUUGUCUGGUUUGUAGGCGUCGACGCCACUCUGGUUCAACUAGCUUCCGCACAGGAGGGUGGGCAGGGCAAGUGGCAUUGCCAGAUGACUCAGGGUUGGAGAAGGAGGGAGAAAAGGGAACACUGACCGCAGCAGGGGAAGGGGAGGCAAAGCUCACUACCCUCAGCACAUUCUCUGGUAAGCGUCGGUCCAGGGUUUCUUCGGUACAGAUGGAAGAGAUAGGUGGGAAAGAAGCUGCAGAGAAGGAGGAGACCCAGCAACUGAUUGGUGGAGAUGCUAUCAAGGACUCCAGUCCUGGUGGGCCUGGGGAAGCAAAUGGUAAAGUAACUAAGUCCACCAUGGGGGAGAUGCUGCCUAAAAAAGACUAGGACACACCCUUCUUAGGCUCCUGCUACAAUAGAAUGUUCCUACUGCCUACACCUCUUCCACUAGAUUAGAGUAUUCCAGUAGAUUAUCUUCAUCCCUCUCCCUUGGUCCAUCAUAUGAAGAAAGAAAGAAAGAAAGAAAGAAAGAAAGAAAGAAAGAAAGAAAGAAAGAAAGAAAGAAAGAAAGAAAGACUCUUGCUCCACUAUUGUUCAGAAAUAUCUGACCACAUCCUUUUUCCUGUUUGUAUGGUUUAUGCAGGGUGGUGACUAUGCAGAAAUCAGGAGUCCUGGUUUCUAGACAGCUCAAACUCACCAAACCCCAUUUUCCUUCUAAAAAACAAGGAGCUUGAUUUAAGAUUGAGAUUUUGGCAAGAUGAACGCAAAGGUCUAUGAGGAGGGAGGAAUCCAGGGCUGCAAACAGGAAAGGAAUUGUGGUGGAAGAAUAAGCAAGGCUGAGGCUUUGUAUAUGUAGCAGAACACCUGCUUGCAUUGAAUAGAGUUUUUAGAACAGACUUUGACUCUACUUUAGUUUGCUAAAGUUGUCCUGUCACAACCCAAUCCUUCCCUUUAUAUCCAGGCAGACAGGGUUUUCUGGAGAUCUACAACAGUUGAGAGUAAAACUUACAUCAGUGUGUGCACACCUUCCUUAUUUAAAUCAGGUAUCUUUCCCACAAUUCCAGUUGCUCCUACAUUCUGGCAUGACGGAAAAUAAGCUAAAUAUAACAUAGUAUUUUAACUAGUAAAUUGCCCUAGAGAUUAAAGUCCUGCCUCUGUCCCACACUAGCUAUCAUGCAUAUCAGGAACCUGAGUAGGUCCAGCCAGCAAAACCUGUUAGAAAACUUUACCUCUUUUUUCCCCUUUCCUGUGGGGUGAAAUUAUUUGAUCUCUACCGCUUUCACAAUCCUGUGUGGGACAUAACCAAUCACAAGUCAUCCAGCUAAUAACUAGCUAAGUAAUAUAUGGAUGAAUUACAUGGAGAGUGGCAGAAAUGAAAGAGGCUCGUUACAGGAAGUAUAGAUGCUAAUUAUUUUCAGUAGAAAGCCACCCUUUAAUUAUCUUUUUGUAAGUGUUAUCAAGAGGGUUAGAGAAUGGUACCAUUCUGCAGUCUGUCUAUCUAUGGCAGGGGUUUUUAACCUUGAGUCCCCAGAUAUUGUUGAACUACAACUUCCAUCAUCCCCAGUCACAAUGGCCUUUGGUCUUUGAGGCUGGGUAUGAUGGGAGUUGUAGUCCAAUGACAUCUGAUCUACGGACUGGCGAUUCUAAUCCAUUUUAGAGAGCAUAGAAUCAGAGGUGGGGAUUGUGCAAUACUAAUCCAUGCAAAAUCAAAGUCUUUGUGAAUAUGUAUUAAAGGAGUGUCAAUAUAAGAACACACAUUUCAUUCAAAUUAAGAAAAGCCUUGCUGGAUCAGGUCCAAGGUCUAUUUCAUCAGCAUCCUGUUUCCCACAAUAGCCUACUAGAUGUCUCUGGAAGCCCCCAAGCAGGAGAUGAAGGCAUAUCCCCUCUUCUACCAUUGCUUCCCUGCAACCACUACCGGUAUUCAGAAGCAGCACAUUUCUGAACCUGGAAGUAGCAUAUAGCCAUCAAGAUUACAUAGACUAAGAAGCUGUUCUCAAGCGCAGGCUAACCCAGGCUAGGGAAGCCCAGCCUGGGUUAGGCUCCGUGUGAGAACCACCAGGAUUGGGCCUGAUCCCAGCGGGGUAGUGCCACCUAGCCCGGCUUUUUAGCCCGGCUGUUAGCCUGGAUUAAUGGCACCAAUGUGUCGUUCGCCCAGGCUCUAAGAUUGUGUGUCUCCUCAGGCUUCGUUUAGCCUGUGGAGACACAGAGAUGGGCACCUAGAGCACCCGCUCAAUGUGCGGUGCAUUGUGGGAUACCCAGAGGCUGGGACAUGUCAUCCCAGCCGCCGGAGCUCCGUGCUGCCUAGCACAGCAGAGGAUCAUCUGGGAUUGUGGUUCACACUCCCAGCAAUGAUAAAUGGAUAGUUUGACAGGAGAGGGGGAAAGGUAGGCUUCGUGCAGCCUUCCCCCCGCCCGCCUACUCCCCUGCCCGCCGAUCAUGUGAAUAGUUCCUUAGAUUUGUCUAAGAUCCUUUUAAAGCCAUUCAAGCUGGUGGCCAUCACCCAUCACCAAAUUCUGUGGCAGGCAAUUCCAUAGACUGAAGGUGCACUGUGUGAAGAAGUACUUCCCUUUAGCCUGCCCUACACUAUACCCCUAAAGUAAAUGGAUUGUCAUAGCGUUCUCCCAAAGAUCCUUGCUGCAGUUUCCAGUAAGGGUUAGGGAGAGUUCUUUUAAAACCCUCACAAAACUACUGUUCCCAAGGUUCUUCAGAGGGAACUCCAUGACAUCAGGUUUCCUUCCUAUUUAGUUUUGCAUUUCUAAGUGCACCUUGAUGGCACAACCCGCCCUGAAGUUCUCUUGUGCAAGCUCUACUGAAACAAAAUAUUUCCUUUCCCUACCCGCCUCCUCCUCUAACUAGCUUCUUGAUCUUGCUGUAGAGAAUUAAUUGUAUAUUUUGUUGAUGUUCAGUUCAGUUUUGGGUUCUCCCCAACACCCCCAACACCCGCCAUCUGCGAGAGAUUAAUUUGUGUAUAUGUGUGGUUGAUAUUAAAGUAUAUGAAUAAAAAGCA